AAAAAUUAAUCAGAAAAAAAUGUCUCUCUUUAACGAUUCCUUAUCAGAGUCUCUCCGUUAAACCAUUAUCACACAUUGCAUUUAGAGAAACACCUCAAACACUCCAUUCACACAUGACCAGAUAAUCUCAAUGCCAUAGAAUUUACCAACCUACAUAUAUAAAUUGCGCUCAUAUACAAAAGUAACUCAGUCGAGGCAGUUGAAUUGCUCGAGUUGCGAUCGAUUCAUUCGUUCGCUCGGCGUUCGCGAAACAAGUCGCAAACUUUAAACUCGCAAAAAAAAAUUUUCAAACAUCAAAAAAAAUGGAAGUCCAAUACACGUCGGAGAGCAGCGACAGUGAUUCGCGCGAAGAAAAAACUGUCGAUAUAUCGCAUCGAAAUCUCUCCACAAACGAGGCGGAAGAUCGUCUCGAACAUUUGUAUCCCAAGCCCAUCGCGUUCGAUGACAUCGAAAAUGUCUUCUUGCAUCACAACAUGCUGAGCCAUUUGCCGUCGGGCGUCAUGAAAUUCCACAAUUUGAAGGUACUGGACAUCAGUUCGAACAAUUUAACGUCGAUUCCGGACCAAAUCAACCAAAUUCCGCUCGUGACCUUCAUUGCCAAGAACAACAAACUCACGAACGAGUCGCUGCCGAAAAUUCUCUUCGCCCAAAGCAGAAACAUCAAAGAAAUCAAUUUGAGUGGAAAUCGUUUUGAGCACUUCCCGCAACAGCUGCUCGACUUGCGCAGCUUGAAAUAUCUCUAUUUGGGCGGAAAUCAGAUCGCAACACUUCCGCCGCGAAUCAGCAAGAUGCAAAGCUUGCAACUUCUUUCGCUGAGCGGCAACCAUCUCAUUGACGUUCCCGAGACAGUUGGCAGAUUGAAGAAUCUCCAAGCACUCGUUUUAGCCGACAACUUAAUUGAACGACUUCCGCCAUCGAUUGCCAAUCUGAAAAAGCUCUCAUCGCUGCUGUUACACAAAAACCGCUUGCGAACCUUGCCCCGUGAGAUUAUUUCACUCAAAAAUCUGAACGAGCUGAGUCUCCGUGAUAAUCCGCUAGUCAAGCGAUUUGUGCAAGACAUGACACUGAACCCUCCGUCCCUUUUGGAGCUCGCAGGACGUGCUGUGCGUUUUUCGGGCCUCAAACCGAGCGCUGCCGACAUUCCAUGGACCCUCGUUGAAUAUUUGUCGUGUGCCAACUGCUGCGUUAACCCUAAAUGUCGGGGAGUUUAUUUUGAUAAUCGCGUCGAACACAUAAAAUUUGUCGAUUUUUGUGGGAAAUAUCGAGUUCCGUUGCUUCAGUAUUUGUGCUCUUCAAAAUGCAUUGAGGAUGCAAGUUUGCCAGAUCCGCAUGCCUAUUCCAGUAGUGAUGAAGAACCCGAAGCAAGUAGUUACAUGAUGCGAAAGGUUCUUUUAGGUUAAAGCCAUGAAUUAAAUGGAAACUGAUUAGAAUAGUCACAAACAUUGUCCUUAUAAACACUUUACCAAAUAUGCAAACAAAAAACUUAAUUAGAGAUGGUUAAGUUUUUUUUAGUCAAUUGUGAUCGGUUCUGUAGUAGAAACGUUAUAUUAAUAAAUAAAUAUAUAGUUUAUCUUAGAAAUAAAA